AUGCCGUCGGGUACGACGUAUGCAGUGCGCUCGUCGCGCUUCAGCAACACCCCCGCCGUCCAACCCGUCACGGAGUCUCCGACGAUUGCUGCUCCAACGCUCGCCCGCCUCACCAAAUGGCAGCACGUUGUCCGGUUUUGCUUUGUCAUUGGCUGCCUCUGGAACGCCGCCGCGCCGCUCAAAGCGUGGUUCCUCUCGCGCUACGGCUUUGUGCCCACAACGACAACGACGAUCGUGAACCUCCACUGGGACACGGUGCUCAACGGCAAGUUUCUCACGCAGCUCUACACCACCGCCGGCAUUCCGCUCGCAACGCCCUUCACUGCGACACGCUACCUCAACGUCUUUCUGGACUUCAAGAUCCUUCCGCGCUCGAUCGGAACCUGGGCCGGCUCGUACGCUGGCACCGAGACCGUGUACCAGAUGGACCUCGACGGACGACCGCUGCGUCGGUCGCUCGACGGCGCCGCCGAAGUCGCCGCUUUCAACGCUGCACUGUCCGCGUUCACGGCCAGCGGCUUUAAUCUCUGGGGCACCGAGCUCAUCCGCAGCUACGUCCCGCCAACCACUUCGUUUGGGAGUCUCCAGGACGUGGCCGAGGCCGUGUUGUGCCUCAAAGGCAUGUCCCUCGAGACGUUUGUGAACGUCCAAUUCAAGUCGUCGCUCAACCCGCUCACAUCCCCAAGCGACGCCGCCGCCUUGGCCAUGUGGCGCGCGCAGUUGUUUCCGCAUCUCUCUCCAAUGACGCCGGCGGCCGGUGUCGUCGCACUCGCCAAAGAGCUGGCAUCGACGUACAACUUGAGUUUGGCCAACAUUGCGGGGACCAAGCAGUUGUUUGCGCCAACGACAUUUCUCGAUGGCUUCAUCGACAUUUCGGGGCAGAGCUCGGGCGCCGCCACCUACGAGAUCAGCGGACGCGAUCUCUUUGCGACACUGCUCGGUGGCAGCGGCUACAUCAACUCGAUCUUUGCGCCGCGCGAGACGGCGUGGUGGUGUUCCAUCCAGUACGUGGACCCAACAACGAACGCGCCGAACCGAACGCAGUGUUUCGAGCGCAUGAGCGUCGCGUUGCCGGCAUUCUUUGUCGGCAAGUACAUUUCUUUGAACUCGGGUUCGCGGUAUGUGGACAACGCCGACGUCGUGGCCGGAUCAACGAUCGGCAACUUGCAGUCGUACCACUACAAGCACCACGAGGUGCAGCCGUUGGCGUCCAUCAAGCUAGCAACGCUGGGCAACCGUACGACGUGGGCGGCAUGGAUUCCCGAGGUGAUUGCGACCGUCGCGCAGACGCCCGUCGACACGAGCGACGCGAUCGAAGAGCUGUGUUUUGUCGGUGACGGGUGCUUUGCCGCGUGCUUGAAUGAAACAGCGAGCGGUGGGACCACGUUCACGUACAGGCGCGGCGGCGAGUGUGUCGGGACGAUUGAUACCAUUACCGUAUCGCUUAACGAGCUGUACGCUGACUUAGCGUGCCUUGGUCUUGGCACUGGCACGGCCCACGUUCAAGUAACGUACAUUGGCAGCACCGGUGUCCGAUCGACGCGUGUCGCGUCACAGGCCGCGUCGCCAAUGGCGAUCUUGGCGUGCAUCGUCGGCGGGCGUGUUCCGAAUGGCGACUAUUUGCCCUCGAAUUUCAUCGAUAUGGUGUCCCGGGGCACGGAAGCGUCUUUAGUUGUCACGUCGUCCAAUGGCAGCGAAGCGAUCAUGCUCAACUUUAUCGCGCUCAUCUCGCUGCUCGGUGCGUGGAUCCAGCGGCUUCCGCCCACUGAAAACAAAAUGCAACUGCGCUUCUCGAUGGCCAAGUGCACUGUAAGUAGCGUCGUGUGGAUGAUCCACCGCAACUCGAUGCGCAUCACGGGCUUCCUUGGGCUCGUCGCAUGGCACGUUGGUGCGAGCGACUGCCAUUGUAACUGGAAGCCGUCGCAUGACGUUCGCAUCGAUCCGAUUUACGGCUGCACCAACGAUCCCGCUGGCCACUUUGGCAAUUUCAGCGAGUGGAUCCGCCUCCUCUCGUACGCGUGGGUCUUCUUCGCGCUUGUCUACAUGGACCUCAUGCCCGGUAUUGGCUCCAAUAUAAAGGGGUAUGCGACCGCCGUGAUCUUGCUGAGCCUCGUGCCGCUGGCCUUUUGGGCCUACGUGAUCGCCGAGCUCUGGCAACUCCGUGCCCAAUGGAGCUGGCUGGCGUGGAUGCACAGCCAGCUCUUUUUGAUUCUCUUUUGGCUCGCAGUGUGCGCCCUCAUGCGCAGCCGUCUCGCGUUGCCGUACAGGCGCUUCGUCGACUGGUGUCUCUACCGAAUCGGCAUGCGCAAACAGUCGAUCGACCGCCAAAGCCCGUUUCGAACGUUGAUUGGCACGCAUUUUUGGACCCCUGUGGCGCUCUUCCAACCAGAAGACGUGGUGUAUGUGCCAAUGAGCGUGCUCUUGAAGACCAAGGGCAUCAUGUUGGAGAAUAUUGCCGAUCACACGUACUAUACCUACGGCGUCGACCCCGAUCGUGAUGACGUAUCCAAAAAGCCACGAUCGCACCCCGACUGGGUCCUCACGCAACUCGAAUACUAUGUGUGCGUUGCGACAUGA